AUGCCUCCUGCACCAGACAUUGUGGAUGUUAGCCAUGCAAAUGAGGACCAGAUCAGUCUCAGAUCUCCCCGCAAACCGCGUAGAGCUGGCAUUUGGGCUCUCCUCGCACUGGUGCUCCUGGUCAAUCUGGCCGCCAGUCUCUACCAGCUUCCCCUCAGCAGAGUCAUUGAACGCCGCCUCUGCCGCGAGCACUAUGCACUUACAGAUCCUUCGGUGAUCGACAAAGAUGGCAACGUUUCAGAGGGUCUUUGCAAGGUGGACGAUGUGCAGCAGGGCCUUGCCUGGAUCCAAGGGACCAUGGAAACGGCAUGGAUCGUGGGUGAUUUCAUCAUGACGAUUCCGUUGGGGUUCCUCGCGGAGAGGUACGGUCGGCGGUCCAUCCUCUGCCUCAAUAUUGUGCCCCGCAUCAUCUUGUUGGCGUGGGCCGUUAUCGUUGGGUACUUUGAGCAGACCUUGCCGACUAAAGCCAUGAUCGCAUCCCCGUUCUUCUCGAUCCUAGGCGGUGAUUGUGUCUUCAACUCGAUCACAUAUGCCAUCGCUUCCAAUAUGACAGACGACCACGUCCUGAGGGCCACGUAUUUCGGAUGGAUGAGCUCUGUGUCGUAUGUCGUCAACUUGCUUGGCCCAGCUCUCGCAUCAGCAUCUAUGAGUCUUCUUCUCUGGCUUCCGUUCUGGAUUGGGAUCGCCCUCCUUCUUCUGGCCAUUCCCGCUGUUUCCCUCCUGGAGGAAUCACCCGACAGCCACCCUGACGCAAACGACCAAGCGAGACCUCUCCUCUCAUCCCCAGUGCUGAAAGCUCAAGACGCCGAUUCAUCCCUUCUGAGAUCUAUCCUCCAGCGCUUCGGCGUCUUGAAGUCUAUCGUUGCAAGUCAUCCUCGCAACAUGACCCUCCUGCUCAUCAGCUUUGUCCUCACCUCGCUCGCAAGCUCAGACACCAAGUUGCUUGUGCAAUACAUCUCGAAACGCUACCACUGGACGUUCGCGUCUACAGGCUAUCUCCUCUCUGCCAAAGCCAUCGUCAACUUCACGCUUCUCACGGUCAUCAUCCCUGCCAUUCUUAGGUCGAGACAAAAUAGGUCGCGGCAUAUUCCACCUGAGCUGGCCAGUCACCGGAUGAACAUACACUAUGCCAACAUCUGCUUGAUUGUCUCUAUCCUCGGUGCUCUUGCGAUUGCCGUAGCGAGCCGUAUCUGGAUGAUGGUACCCUCCCUGUUUCUCUACGCUCUCGGCUCAGCGCUGCCGGUAUUCACGCUAUCACUGCUCAAGUCUCCCUUCAUCUCACCAAAGAGAGACGACCAGCCUGUCAACUCCGCGGACCCAGAGUCACAUAUCUUCUCGAUUGUUAUGAUGGUCAAGACAUCAGGAUCGCUUUUAGGCGCACCACUGAUGAUGGUUCUGUGGGUAAAGAGCAUAUCGAUCGGCGGUGCAGCUCUCGGCAUCCCGUACCUUGUUUCAGCCAGCUGUUAUUUUGCUGCUUUGCUCGUCUUAGGUCGCAUCAGAACGGAGUAA